UUUCCAUUCAAGCGUGGAUAGAGAAAGAGAGAUGGCAACUGUAAGCAAUUUUCCUCGACUGAAUUGCAGCUUCACAUUUUCUUCUUCUUCCAAGGAAUUUCCAAGCAAACAGCGGACAGUUCCGGCUAAAAUCCGGCCAUCGAUUUCUCAUUCCAGCCUCCAUUUUGCAGGCGUUCAGUUUAAUUUUAAGCGGAAUGAGAAGUUUUUGAAAUCGGUGAUCAAAUGCAGCGCUGCUGAAGUUGGGGAUGGGCCUGAAUUUGUGAAAGAGAAAAGUGUUUCUGUUGUUUUGUUGGCUGGAGGCAAGGGAAAAAGGAUGGGUGCAAGCAUGCCAAAGCAGUAUCUUCCACUUCUAGGUCAACCAAUUGCGUUGUACAGCUUGUACACUUUCUCACGUAUGAUCGAGGUUAAAGAAAUCGUUGUGGUUUGCGAUCCUUCUUAUCGGGAUAUUUUUGAAGAUGUCAAAGAGAAGAUUGAUAUUCAACUCAAGUUCACACUUCCAGGAAAGGAGAGACAAGAUUCCGUGUACAGUGGCCUUCAGGCAAUUGAUUCGAACGCAGAGCUUGUGUGCAUCCAUGAUUCUGCCAGACCUCUUGUAUUAGCAGGAGAUAUUCAAAAGGUUUUCAAAGAUGCUAGGCUGAAUGGGGCUGCUGUGCUUGGGGUUCCUGUUAAAGCUACAAUAAAAGAGGCGAAUGAUGAUCGUUAUGUCCAAAGAACCUUGGACAGGAAAACUCUUUGGGAAAUGCAAACUCCGCAGGUUAUUGAGCCUGAGUUGCUUAGGAAAGGGUUUGAGCUUGUGAACAGGAACGGCUUGGAAGUAACAGAUGACGUUUCCAUUGUGGAGCACUUGAAACAUCCCGUGCUCAUAACUGAAGGGUCUUAUACCAAUAUCAAGGUAACAACACCGGAUGAUUUAUUACUUGCAGAGAGAAUAUUGAAUUUGAGUUCGUGAAAGUCUUCUUGAGGGGUCUAAAUAACUAUUAUCCUGACCUCUAAACAAUCAAAAUACCUUAUUAUUUUCUCCCCAUUUCUGAAGUAGAAAUGAUGUAAUUCAAAAUUCAAUUAUGUCAUAAUGUCAAUGAGCAUGAUAUCGGCUUCUGAAAUACAAGUUCGAGCAUGAAUGGUUGUGUUGACGAGAUAGAGGCGAAGCUAGAUGGAAUGAGUAUCCGAUAAAUCUUGUUUCGAUUUCUAUUGUA